AAUGUGUAGUAGCAUUCAAACAGAUUUAACUCACCUACUGUGUCACACUCCUCUUGGGCACCAACUGGCGUGUUUACUGGAUUAUCUCCCUGCAGAUUGACACACCAGCUGUUUACUCUUAUCGAUACUUUUAUAUAAUGCACGUUUGUACUUGAGAGCCGCACAAAAUCGUCUCUUUUGUAUUUUUUUUUGGUGGAAAAGGAUUGUUUCUGCGUAAACGACUUCAAUGCCAGACUCAGCAACGAUGAGUAGAAACGGAAUGGUGACAGCCAUCCACACGAGGAUAAGAGCUGAUCCAUUCACGGCCAAUUACGACUUGGUGGGCAAAGAAUUGGGCAGGGGAAAGUUUGCUGUGGUGAAGAAGUGCAUUGAGAAGGCAACAGGGCAGCAAUAUGCUGCCAAGUUUCUGCGAAAACGAAGGAAGGGCCAGGACUGCCGCAUGGACAUCUUAAAUGAGAUCGCUGUGCUGGAGUCUGCCAAAACAAACCCCUACGUGGUGGCCCUGCAUGAGGUCUAUGAGACAAACACGGAAAUCAUCCUCGUUCUGGAGUGUGCCGCCGGUGGCGAAAUCUUCGACCAAUGUGUUGCCGAUAACGACGAUGCCUUCACAGAGACAGAUGUGAUCCGGCUGGCCAAGCAGAUCCUGAACGGUGUUGCCUUCCUGCAUCGGAACAAUGUGGUGCACCUGGAUCUGAAACCUCAGAACAUCUUGCUGACCAGUGCCUCACCUCUCGGGGAUAUUCGUAUCGUUGACUUUGGCUUGUCCAGACGCAUGGACAACAUCACAGAAGUCCGGGAAAUCCUGGGGACCCCAGAGUAUGUCGCACCUGAGAUCCUCAGCUACGAACCCAUUAGCACCGCUACAGACAUGUGGAGUAUUGGGGUUCUGACCUACGUCAUGCUGACGGGCGAGUCUCCUUUCCAGGAUGAUGACAAGCAGAAGACUUUCCUCAACAUCUCCCAAGUCAACGUAGACUACUCGCAAGACACAUUCGAGGGGAUCUCCCCACAGGCUGUUGAUUUCAUCAAGUCUUUGCUGAUCAAAAACCCAAGGAAGAGAGCCACGGCAGAAGAAAGCCUCAACCACCCCUGGCUGAACUCGCUUCCUCACCCCCAUUCCCACCCGCUCCUCCACGCUAGCCCCGCCUCCUCUAUGGACGAGACCGAGACCAGCUCGUCAGAGUCAGAGCCCGAGAGCCCAGCUUCUUCCCCUGAGCUGGACUUGAUCGAGUCUUACCUCACGUGCCCUGGCCAGGGUGAGCUCAAGACAGGUCGUGACACCUUCUCAUUCGGCGAGCCUCCCUUUCCCACGCGGACUGAGAUAAAGCAGGAGCUCAUCUGCUGAAAGACGUUUCACAGGUGGAGAGAGAAUGAACAGUUUUUCCAUCUCCGUGGAGCACUGACUCUGAGAGCCAGCAAGCCUGCAGCUGUUUUUGUCCUGACCUGACUCAGAGCCACGCUUUAUGGAUGCUGUAUGCCUGCUGCAGGCUUCUUCUACUGCUGUGAUGUCUGUGUAGUGUUUGUUUUCUCUGAUCAUGUGUGUUAGAAUAACAUACUCUACUGGUUUAUGAUCACACAGGAGGAACAUGAGAGGAAUGGAGAUUCAGUGAGAGUAAACACACAAGGACUUUGUCAGAGGACUGCAUUGCUGCCUUAAAAGUGACAGAACUGAAGUGGGCUGAGCAAAAAAGUGGCUAGUUCCUCACUGCACGCACACUGGUUUCUCUUUUUACCCAAUUAGCCUUAUAAACUGUUUCGGAGGAGAGACAGUCUCCAGCUUUCUUGGGAAAUGACUUCAUUCACUGCAUGCAUUCAUCAUAACAUGUCGUGCUUCAGCUGACCCAGACAUACCUUCUGUGAUGAGUUCAGUUGAAGGAAGUCAAGAGUUUUGACAGAUGGUUGUACUUCACAAAGGAAAUAAUGCAAAAGGCAGCACCUAAACUGAUGUCACACAGUAACCAUUUCACUGUUUUAUGUGAUUAUUUAUAAGCGUUUGUUAUACCACUUCAGCCCCUUAAAAGUCAACACACAGAGCCACAUAAAUAGUUUUAGAUGUAAAUGGUAGCAUUUUUAUUUAAAGGACAAUCUUAAGCACUUUUUAUUUUGUUGUUUGAUUUCCAUUUAAUAGUAACAAACCAAAGGCUCAUGAAGCACAGCCAGCUGUCACACAAUGUAUUGUAUAUAUUCACCACUUUCACCAACAUCAUCUGUUUGGGUCACAUCACCUUUUUUCACCAAGUGCCACUUUGCAGACCUCACUUCUGUGUUCAUAAUAAAGUUAUUCUUUGUUCAGUUUUUUUUUGUUGCUUUUGCAAAAGUUGCACAAUUUUUUCUCUUUGUACUUAACUGCAAGUUGUCACAAGAUUUUGCAGAAGUCACAUAUAUUGUGAAAACAUCAGUCUUGGAGUGAGAGAAUGAAGGUGGUUUAAGGCGAAGGCUACUUUUUUAAAUAUUAGAAUAGUUCAACAACCACAUGGUCAACCCAAGGGCCCAGAUUUGUACAAAUAAGAAAUGUUUGCCUUCAGAUACUUGGGAGCAAAGAGAUUAGGAAGAAUUUCUUACAAAAACUGAAAUGUUUUAUGAGUUAGUAUUAAGAUUAAUCCGAAGAUAACUGAUGUUUUUUUGUUUUUUUUUACCAGUGUUUGAAUGUUAAAAUCAUUAAAAAUGUCUUAUUUUGUACAUUAACUUUUACUUAUACUUAAUGUUUACUGCUCAUGAUUUUCAGGCAGGUUUGCACUUGUCCUUCUGGACGUUUUUGUUAAAAUGAAUAAAUGAUGAUGGCAUGCAUUGCAAAAUGUAACGAAGAAAAAUAAAAAUGCAUUUUGUAUUGAA